UAAUUUACUUUUGACAUUGACGUUUUGUUUAAGAAUUUGGAUGACUAAUUAAGCAAAAAUAAUUCUUUAAAAAUUUGAUAUUAAAUUUAUAAUAAUACAAAAUGAAUCGUUUAUUCGGAAAAGGAAAACCAAAGGAACCAGGUCCAAGUAUAACUGACGUUAUAUCAGGGGUGGAUCAAAGAGCUGAAGGUGUAGAGAAAAAAAUUAAUGCCUUAGAAAAUGACUUGCGUAAAUUUAGAGACCAAAUGUCUAAAAUGCGAGAGGGGCCUGCCAAAAAUGCUGUUAAACAGAAGGCCCUCAGGAUUCUCAAGCAGAAAAAGAUGUAUGAAGGUCAGCUAGAGAAUUUAAGGGGCCAGUCCUUCAACAUGGAGCAAGCUAACUUUGCACAUCAAGCAUUGAAAGAUACUCAAGUCACAGUAGUAGCUAUGAGAGAUGGUAUGAAAGAAAUGAAAAAGGAGUUUAAGAAGAUUAACAUUGAUGAUAUAGAUGAUGUGCAAGAUGAACUAGCUGAUAUGUUAGAACAAGCCGAUGAAGUACAGGAAGCAUUAGGCAGAACCUAUAAUACUGUCGAUGUAGAUGAAGAUGAACUGGCUGCAGAGCUGGAUGCCUUAGGAGAUGAAAUGGCAUUGGAUGAUGAUCAGAGCUACCUGGAUAAUGUUCUCAACGCCCCUGAAGCACCUUCAACGAAACCAGAAGCAGCCGCUAUUGGAAAUAAAGGUGGCAAGGAUACAGUACCAGUUGACGAGUUUGGGUUGCCACAGCUGAAGUAGUAAAAGUGCACACAGAGAUUUAUGUACUAAAAACAUGUAAGGGACAGUUUUUUAACACAUGUGUACAAUAUGUAAAGCUUUAGUUUUAUUUUUUAAACUUAAAAUGUGUAUGUGUAUCAAUGGAUAAAUUUUUCUGUAGUGAUUAGUAAGUAACCAGUUUGCUACACAUAGGUACUCAUAGGCAGAUUUGUAAUUCAAAAUGGCAAAGCAGUGUUACAUUUACAAAAUAUUUUUAUAAAUUUAUUGUUAAGUCAUUACACUUUAUAAUAUAGCUUUUGUUUAUUUAAAAA